AUGGAGGCGCAGACCUGCAGCGACGGCUACACCGCCAGCCCUCACCCCGACGAGCCUCGGAGCGACGGCCGCUACACCUGCUACCCGCCUCACUGCCGCUGCGACGCGUCCAAGUGCUCGAGCGGCUUUGACGACUGCUGGACGACUGCUGGCACGCCAGACGAUGAGGAACAGACGUGCCGCGACGGCUACUUGCCGAUCGCGACCAAUGACUGGGGGCUCAAGUGCUCGAGCGGCGGCGACGACUGCUGGGCGGACCCGAACAUGGAGGCGCAGACCUGCAGCGACGGCUACACCGCCAGCCCUCACCCCGACGACCCUCGGAACGAAGGUCGCUACACGUGCUACCCGCCUCACUGCCGCUGCGACGCGUCCAAGUGCUCGAGCUACGGCAACGACUGCUACGCGGACGGCACGCCAGACGGUGAGGCGCAGACGUGCCGCGACGGCUACUUGCCGAUUGCGAUCCGCGACUGGCACAAGUGCUCGAGCGGCGGCGACGACUGCUGGGCGGACCCGAACAUGGAGGCGCAGACCUGCAGCGACGGCUACACCGCCAGCCCUCACCCGGACGAGCCUCGGAACGAAGGUCGCUACACGUGCUACCCGCCUCACUGCCGCUGCGACGCGUCCAAGUGCUCGAGCCGCGACGGCGACGACUGCUACGCGGACCUGAGGUACGAGGCGCAGACGUGCCGCGACGGCUACUUGCCGGCCCCCGCUCCGCCACCAUCGCCCCCUCCGACUCCCUGCGUCCACGACGACAGCAAGUGCUCGAGCAGCGGCAACGACUGCUACACCUACAGCGAGUCUGAGGCGCAGACCUGCAGCGACGGCUACACCGCCAGCCCUCACCCCGACGACCCUCGGAGCGACGGCCGCUACACGUGCUACCCGCCUCACUGCCGCUGUGACGCGUCCAAGUGCUCGAGCCGCGACGGCGACGACUGUUUGGCUUUCCCAGGUCACGAGGCGCAGACGUGCCGUGACGGCUACUUGCCGAUCGCGAUCAAUGACUGGCACAAGUGCUCGAGCGACGGCGACGACUGCUGGGCGGACCCGAACAUGGAGGCGCAGACCUGCAGCGACGGCUACACCGCCAGCCCUCACCCCGACGAGCCUCGGAGCGACGGCCGCUACACCUGCUACCCGCCUCACUGCCGCUGCGACGCGUCCAAGUGCUCGAGCGGCUUUGACGACUGCUGGACGACUGCUGGCACGCCAGACGAUGAGGAACAGACGUGCCGCGACGGCUACUUGCCGAUCGCGACCAAUGACUGGGGGCUCAAGUGCUCGAGCGGCGGCGACGACUGCUGGGCGGACCCGAACAUGGAGGCGCAGACGUGCAGCGACGGCUACACCGCCAGCCCUCACCCGGACGACCCUCGGAACGAAGGUCGCUACACGUGCUACCCGCCUCACUGCCGCUGCGACGCGUCCAAGUGCUCGAGCGCCGGCGGCGGCGACUGCUACGCGGACGGCAGGCCAGACGGUGAGGCACAGACGUGCCGGGACGGCUACUUGCCGAUCGCGAUCCGCGACUCGCACAAGUGCGUCGAGCCGACGUGCUGGGCGGACCCGAACAUGGAGGCGCAGACCUGCAGCGACGGCUACACCGCCAGCCCUCACCCGGACGACCCUCGGAACGAAGGUCGCUACACGUGCUACCCGCCUCACUGCCGCUGCGACGCGUCCAAGUGCUCGAGCCGCGACGGCGACGACUGCCACGCGGACGGCACGCCAUACGGUGAGGCGCAGACGUGCCGCGACGGCUACUUGCCGAUUGCGAUCCGCGACUCGCACAAGUGCUCGAGCGGCGGCGGCUGCUGGGCGGACCCGAACUACGAGGCGCAGACCUGCAGCGACGGCUACACAACCAGCCCUCACCCCGACGACCCUCGGAACGAAGGUCGCUACACGUGCUACCCGCCUCACUGCCGCUGCGACGCGUCCAAGUGCUCUAGCCGCGACGGCGACGACUGCUACGCGAGUCCACCCGGUGAGGCGCAGACGUGCCGCGACGGCUACUUGCCGAUCGCGAUCCGCGACUCGCACUCGGGCGGCGACUGCUGCGGGGACGACGGCGGCUACUGCGGCAGCGAGUGGGUCUCGACGGACGCAUCGACGUGGAUUGAUACUUGCACUGGGCUCGACUUCAUCCGUGUCUCUCCAGGCUGCGGUGUGGAGGUGGCGACCGAGACCGGCGGCGGAGGAGAGACAUUCACGUACGACUCCAGCGUGCUCGUGUGCGGGUACGAGUGCGAGCCUCGGCCAACGCCGGGCUGCGACAGAGUGCGCUCGCUGCGACUGUUUCCGCUCGCGCCGCCGCCACCGCCGCACCCGCCGUUCCAGCCGGGCCAGGCACCUGCUCCGCCCCCUCCGUCUCCCUGCGUCCACGACGACAGCAAGUGCGUCGAGCCGACGUGCUGGGCGGACCCGAACAUGGAGGCGCAGACCUGCAGCGACGGCUACACCGCCAGCCCUCACCCGGACGAGCCUCGGAACGAAGGUCGCUACACGUGCUACCCGCCUCACUGCCGCUGCGACGCGUCCAAGUGCUCGAGCCGCGACGGCGACGACUGCUACGCGAGUCCACCCGGUGAGGCGCAGACGUGCCGCGACGGCUACUUGCCGAUCGCGACCAAUGCCGGGCACCACAAGUGCUUGAGCGGCGGCAACGACUGCUGGGCGGACCCGAACAUGGAGGCGCAGACCUGCAGCGACGGCUACACCGCCAGCCCUCACCCGGACGAGCCUCGGAACGAAGGUCGCUACACGUGCUACCCGCCUCACUGCCUCUGCGACGCGUCCAAGUGCUCGAGCCGCGACGGCGACGACUGCUACGCGAGUCCACCCGGUGAGGCGCAGACGUGCCGCGACGGCUACUUGCCGAUCGCGAUCCGCGACUCGCUCAAGUGCUCGAGCGGCGGCGACGACUGCUGGGCGGACCCGAACAUGGAGGCGCAGACGUGCAGCGACGGCUACACCGCCAGCCCUCACCCGGACGACCCUCGGAACGAAGGUCGCUACACGUGCUACCCGCCUCACUGCCGCUGCGACGCGUCCAAGUGCUCGAGCCGCGACGGCGACGACUGCUACGCGAGUCCACCCGGUGAGGCGCAGACGUGCCGCGACGGCUACUUGCCGAUCGCGAUCCGCGGCUCGCACAAGUGCGUCGAGCCGACGUGCUGGGCGGACCCGAACAUGGAGGCGCAGACCUGCAGCGACGGCUACACCGCCAGCCCUCACCCGGACGACCCUCGGAACGAAGGUCGCUACACGUGCUACCCGCCUCACUGCCGCUGCGACGCGUCCAAGUGCUCGAGCUACGGCAACGACUGCUACGCGGACGGCACGCCAGACGGUGAGGCGCAGACGUGCCGCGACGGCUACUUGCCGAUCGCGAUCCGCGGCUCGCACAAGUGCUUGAGCGGCGGCGAUGACUGCUGGGCGGACCCGAACAUGGAGGCGCAGACCUGCAGCGACGGCUACACCGCCAGCCCUCACCCGGACGAGCCUCGGAACGAAGGUCGCUACACGUGCUACCCGCCUCACUGCCGCUGCGACGCGUCCAAGUGCUCGAGCUACGGCAACGACUGCUACGCGGACGGCACGCCAGACGGUGAGGCGCAGACGUGCCGCGACGGCUACUUGCCGAUUGCGAUCCGCGACUGGCACAAGUGCUCGAGCGGCGGCGACGACUGCUGGGCGGACCCGAACAUGGAGGCGCAGACCUGCAGCGACGGCUACACCGCCAGCCCUCACCCGGACGAGCCUCGGAACGAAGGUCGCUACACGUGCUACCCGCCUCACUGCCGCUGCGACGCGUCCAAGUGCUCGAGCCGCGACGGCGACGACUGCUACGCGGACCUGAGGUACGAGGCGCAGACGUGCCGCGACGGCUACUUGCCGUGUGCUGCUCGCGGCUACGAGUAUGUCGGGUGCAACUGCGACCCGGCUUCUGAAUGCUCGCCGUGGGGCUCGAGCUCAGGCGGCGACUGCUGCGGGGACGACGGCGGCUACUGCGGCAGCGAGUGGGUCUCGACGGACGCAUCGACGUGGAUUGAUACUUGCACUGGGCUCGACUUCAUCCGUGUCUCUCCAGGCUGCGGUGUGGAGGUGGCGACCGAGGCCGGCGGCGGAGGAGAGACAUUCACGUACGACUCCAGCGUGCUCGUGUGCGGGUACGAGUGCGAGCCUCGGCCAACGCCGGGCUGCGACAGAGUGCGCUCGCUGCGCCUGUUUCCGCUCGCGCCGCCGCCACCGCCGCAUCCGCCGUUCCAGCCGGGCCAGGCACCUGCUCCGCCCCCUCCGUCUCCCUGCGUCCACGACGACAGCAAGUGCUCGAGCAGCGGCAACGACUGCUACGUGAACCCGGACUACGAGGCGCAGACCUGCAGCGACGGCUACACCGCCAGCCCUCACCCCGACGACCCUCGGAACGAAGGUCGCUACACGUGCUACCCGCCUCACUGCCGCUGCGACGCGUCCAAGUGCUCGAGCCGCGACGGCGACGACUGCUACGCGGACGGCACGCCAGACGGCGAGGCGCAGACGUGCCGCGACGGCUACUUGGUCGUCCCUGUCAAUGACGGGCAGUACACGUGCUGCUUCGACUUCGACCAGCCGCCGUCGUCGCCUUCGGCUCUCGAGUGCGACACGCUCGAUUUUCAGAUCUUCACGAACACCGACUGCAGCGGCUCGCCUGCCGUGACGUCGGCGAUGUCCGACCGGACGUGCGUGGCGACUCCGGACUCGGUGCUGACGGGUCAGUAUUUUGACGUCGACUUUACGCACUGGGGGAUGCACGCCACCAGUGAGACGCUCGUCCACGCGUGCUCCGACAGCUCGAUGGACAGUUGCGUGGAUCAGUUCGAUGGUGGCGAGCGCUGUUCCGACGUGCCAUUUGAGACGUGCGUCGCGAUAGACGAGGCCCGAUCCACCGGCAUCAAGAUUACGUGUGCACCGGCCGUCGACUGCGCCGUGCCGAGUGAGGGCGUGUGCCUCGAAUACGGCAGUGUCGACAGCGACUGCUGUGGCAACUCUGACGUGGUCGGCUGCGCGAGCGGCUACAUCCUCUCCCUGCAGAUCGCGAUCGACGAGGGCGGCACGUGGGCGCGGCCCGCCGAUGCGGGCUUCUAUCCGCAGUGCGCAAGUGGAGGCCAGAAGAUUGGCAACACGUGCUGCACACCAGAUCCUUCGCCGCCGCCGCCGUCGCCCGCCGAGUGCUGCGCGGACGUGUGCCCGACGCGCUCGUACUGCGAGGCGGAGGGGAUCGGCGGCGGCUACUGCAACUGCGGCGACUGCGGUGUGCCCUCGUGCGGCGACUGCGAUUGCAACCAUUACGGCGAGCAGUGCUGCGACUUUAGCGGCGGCUGCGAUCCGACGUGCGGCGGCGAGCCGUCAAUGUGCCGCGACAAUUCGAACGACUGCUGCGCGAACGAGGCGAUGGGCGAGGCUGCCGUGUGCGAGGCGGGCUAUGUGCCGACUGUCCAGCCGCAGAGCUACGACGACUGUCCCAACUACACGUGCAUGCCGGCGCCGCCGCCGUCGCCGACUUGUGUCGACGACCCCAAGGGCAUCCUCGCUGCCGACGCGUACCUAAGCCCUGGCGGCACCACCUGCGCGGAGAAGAUGGCGCAGGUUGGAGCGACGUGCGAGACCAUCGACGAGGACUACAACGGCUACCGCGUCUCCUACGCGCAGCUCUGCCCAGCGACGUGCGGCACGUGCGCCUCGUACACCGAGCCAGAGUGCCACCGCCCAGAGGUGUGCUGCUGCGAUCCGCCGCCGCCCUCGCCGCCGCUGCCUUUUGGCCUGUCGGCGGUCUCGCCGGACGCGCUCACCUUUUCCGAGGCGGUGGCCUGGUGCGCCGCGCAAGGGCUCACUCUCGCCAUGCCGCGCACCGAGUCGGAGAAUGAGGCCGUGUACGCUGCGUGCCAGUCGUACUACGCUUGCUGGCUCGACGCGCGCGAGAAUGCGGCCGGGGAUGGAUGGGUGGACGGCGACGGCAACGCGCUGACGUACACGAACUGGGAUGGCGGCGAGGGGUCGUGCCACUGCGGCGAGAAUCGCAUCUUCAUCAACAGGGUUGGGACGGCCGAAUGGCACGAUGUGGGCGAGGGCGGCGACGGGCAGACACACGCCAUUUGCCAGCAGCCGUCGGGUUCGAUUUCGCCGUCGCCGCCGUCGUCGACUGUGUGCGACACGUCGCAGUGUGCAGAAUACAGUCCGACGUCGCAGGACGACGACUGCUGCGCGCUCGAUUCGGACAUCUACUGCAUGAACGGCUACACGCUCUCGCGCGUGAUGCCGGGCACGCCUGGUGUGACGUGGCUCAAUGGUCAGAUGUCGGGCUGCGAAGGCUACGGCGGCAACACGUGCUGCUCGCCGCCAGAGAGUCUGGCACCGCCGCCAUCGCCGAGCUCCUGCGCGAGAGGGUACACCGCGGUGUCCGGCGAAGGCUGCUCGAACUACAUCCACAUGGAUGACGCCAGCACCUACGGCGUUCAGGGAGGAUCCACGACCCUCGAGGAGUGCGCCGCGGCCGUGCAGGCUCUCAACGGGCAGGAUGGCUGCGUGGGCGAGUACUUCUUCUUCGAGACGGACGGCUACUGCAACUGCCCAACGGACGCGUGUACGACAGGCUCGGAGAAUAGCAACGCGGGCGGCUCGGGGCAGCUCUACCGCUUCAACAGCGAUUGCGACUCGUCGCCGUCGUCACUGCAAUACGUCGGAUCGCCGCAGCAAGGCUACGCGGGCGCGAUGGCGUACUGCGCGACGCUCGGCGGCACGCUUGCGUCAGCGACUGCGGAGUUGCAGGCGAUGUACAGCACUUGGACGUCGGCAGAGAUCUGGAUCUUGGAUAGCGGCUCUGGCGGAUCGAGCUUGUACGACACUUGCCAUGCUGGCGGGUGUCCAUGCAUCAAUUGUGCAUACGCAUCAGAGGCGUGGGGCUACGGGGCGGAAAAUGAGCUCAGCUGCUAUGGCGGCAUCUCAGGCAUGGCGAGCAACCUGGAGCACGCGUGUUGGGCGGAGCUGGACACGCGGCCAUCGUGCUGCGGCUACUGUGGGCCGUGGGCGGGCAGUGCCGACGGCACGCAGUGGGUGGAGACGUGCCACCACCUCGACAUCAUUCGAGUGACGCCCGGAUGCUCGUAUGAGCUGGAACGCUCGGACGGGCAGCGCUUCACGUUCCAUCAGGACACGCGCGUCUGUGCCAACACCGUGGGGUGUGACAGCGUGCGCCGCAUUCGGCUUCACCACAAUCGAUGGAACGGCGCGCUCAUACGAUGGCUGCGCGACCCGGUGCGCAUCUGCGGGCAUGAGCCUCGCAUGUAUCACGUCCGCUUCGGAGAUGGCGCUUGCGUGGGCCGCGGCCGGCGGCAGCGGUGCAUACAUUGGGCUCCGGCAGCCGUCCUCUCAGCAAGGCUCCAGUGGCUGGGCUUGGCCGACGGGUGUGUUGCUCGCGGCUACGAGUCGGUCGGGUGCAACUGCGACCCGGCUUCUGAAUGCUCGCCAUGGGGCUCAAGCUCGGGCGGCGACUGCUGCGGGGACGACGGCGGCUACUGCGGCAGCGAGUGGGUCUCGACGGACGCAUCGACGUGGAUUGAUACUUGCACUGAGCUCGACUUCAUCCGUGUCUCUCCAGGCUGCGGUGUGGAGGUGGCGACCGAGACCGGCGGCGGAGGAGAGACAUUCACGUACGACUCCAGCGUGCUCGUGUGCGGGUACGAGUGCGAGCCUCGGCCAACGCCGGGCUGCGACAGAGUGCGCUCGCUGCGCCUGUUUCCGCUCGCGCCGCCGCCACCGCCGCACCCGCCGUUCCAGCCAGGCCAGGCACCUGCUCCGCCCCCGCCGUCUCCCUGCGUCCACGACGACAGCAAGUGCUCGAGCAGCGGCAACGACUGCUACGUGAACCCGGACUACGAGGCGCAGACCUGCAGCGACGGCUACACCGCCAGCCCUCACCCGGACGAGCCUCGCAGCGAGUGGCGCUACACGUGCUACCCGCCUCACUGCCGCUGCGACGCGUCCAAGUGCUCGAGCCGCGACGGCGACGACUGCCACGCGGACGGCAGGCCAGACGUCGGCAACGCAGGCCGAUUGGACGGCGGUGACCCGACUGGGCUCGAGCUCUGCGACCUCUGCACCGAGUGGGCGACGGACUUGUGCGGUGAAACCGCGCUUGCGAAGGAGUGCCAAUGGGCAGGAUGCAGCGACUUCAUGAGGGACUCCGACCGCGAAGAAGAGGGCACGUUUGCGUGGGUCGACGGCAGCCCCGUCGACUACACCAACUGGGGCUCGGGCGAGCCCAACAGCUAUGGCAGUACAAAUGAGGACUGCGCCGGCUUCCACGUCUACUACACCGACGGCAAAUGGAACGACUUUACCUGCGGAGGGAUCGACAGCAACGACGGCAACGCGCCCAUCGGCUAUCGCGUCCUGCUCGACGCCAGCCAGAUGACUGGCGACCCGGCGUCUACUCUGUACGACUACGCCGACAGCAUCUCCCUCGACGCGCAGUUCCACCUCGUCGACACCAUUUCCGGGACCGAUCUCAAUCAGACCAAAAUCAUCGACCUGUGCGAGAGCGCGGCGGCAUCGGCGACGUGCGCCAUCGGCGACGGCGCCACCAUCUCCGAGCUCAAGCUGCUGCAGCUGCUCGACCGCACCGACACGAUCCGCGGGGACCCUCUCCUUGACGCCUCCGAAAUCGAGGGUGAUGGCGCGGGAAGGCCAGACGCUUGA